GGUUUCUCUCUGCUUUUACACACUGGUUAUACUAUGGUUCUAGCAUCAUGGACAUAGGCCUUUAGUUUACUGUGAUCGACGAACGUAGGUUUCUGAUGAUUUUGUCGUCGUCGAACUACUGACGGAGAUCGGUUUCUUUCUCCCUUUCCAAGAAAUAAGACAGACGAUGGCACGGCUCAUCACUAAAUCCACCGAAUUGGUAAAACUUGGUGUUACUCAAGCAAAGCCUGUGCUACAAGUAUGGAUGCAAUAUGCCAAAGUAGAAUUGACGCCACCCACUUUCAAGGAGAUCCCUGCGAUUCGUAGUGGAUUUUCAAGAUUGAUCCAUUCCGCACGGACAGGUCGCUAUCGGGACAUCACCGUGCGCGAGGCCAUCAUCAAUAGCUUAGUGGCCGCCGAAAUAUAUUGCUGGUUCUUCGUUGGAGAAUGUAUCGGAAAGCGGCACAUUGUUGGAUAUGAUGUUUAAGCACAUUGCAUAUGUACAAUCUUACAUAGAUAAUCGUGUAUAAAUUAUAGACCUGCUCGUAAAUACAUAAAAAUAUAUAGCAUGC